CUUGGACAACAUCAACAAGAGCAGACAUGCCUGUGGUCCGUACGUGCCAAAUGUCAAAAUAUUGUUGGCAGCCUGAGAAUUUAACACCGACACUAUCUGUAUUUGUGGCGUGAAAGUAUCUGGCGUCAGACUGAGUUAUGCAGAAGGAUCUCAUAACCAUGGCAGCUCAACCACCCUGCCUGCCCCUGAGGGAAUUUUGUCCCCUCUACUACCUGCUCAACUCUAUUCCUGCUAAAGUCCAGAAAGGCUUUCGCUCGAUCCUGGUCUAUCUUACGGCUCUAGACAGCAACAACGACUACAUCGCAGUGGGCAGCAGCAUCGGCAUGCUGUACCUUUACUGCAGGAGAGUCAGCCAGAUGAACAAGUACAACUUAGAGGGAAAAAGUGAAGCUAUCACAGUAGUGAAAUUGCUGAGUUGCUUUGAUGACCUGGUCGCUGUCGGUACCGCCUCAGGUCGCGUCGCUUUCUUUCAGCUGGUGUCGCAACUGCCAGGCAGAAAUAAACAGCUGAGACGCUUCGAUGUAGUCGGCCUCCACAAGAGCACAGUGACGGCAUUAGCGUGGAGCACUAAUGGCAUGAAACUCUUCUCUGGUGAUGAUAAAGGGAAGGUGGUUUAUUCCUCUGUGGAUCUGGACCAGGGUGUGUGCAACCCAGUGGUGCUGUUUGAAGAACCGUCAGCUAUAGUUCAGCUGGAAUACAGUCAGAAGGUGCUCCUUAUUUCUACCUGUCAGCGCUCUCUUGUGUUUAAUACUCAAGAUCAGUCUCUCCAGCAGCUGGGCACCAAACCCAGAAAAAGCAACGGCAAGUUUGGGGCCUGUUUUCAGCCUGCACUGUGCAAGCAGAGUGACCUUCUGGUGUACGCGGCACGGCCAGGCCUUCGUCUCUGGAGAACAGACGUACGUGGGCGCGUACAAGAGACACAUGUGCUCAAGCCACUCUUUAACCAGGACGUGCCUAGGUUUGAGCUCUUUCCUCGCUCAAGCUCCGGCGGAGCAUACCGGCCCACUGAAAGGCAGCUGGGGCUCGUCACCUGCUUCCUAAAGGAGGGCUGGGUGCUCAGCUGGAAUGAGUACAGCGUUUAUAUUGUGGAUUGCACCAACCAGGUUAUUGUCGGUGGAAUGGAAAGCUGUGGAGACAUAGUGUCUGUGUCCUGCACAGAAAAUGAGAUCUUUAUUUUGAAAGGAGACAGAGACAUUAUGCGUAUCUCCAACUGCCCUGAGGGACUGGUCUCCAACAUGUCAGACUUGUCCUAUCGUAUAAGCUCCCCUUUGUCCACCCCAACCAUUCUACUCCCUGUAAAUGGCUCAGUAGAAACAGCUCAGCCGAUCAGGACCGUGGCCAUCAUUACCGAACCAGAAGAGCGCCCAAAAGCAGAAGAGUCUGAAGAGACACAGGAGGAGUUCAAAGAGUUACGGGAGGAGUUCAGCCAGGCCCUGGAAGCACUAGAGUUGGCGGAGGAGGUAGAGGGCCGGAGGAAGACAUUGACGGACACACGGAGCCGCAGUAGCUCCGUCACUUCAUGGGACAGCACACAGGGAACUUCAGAGAUGUCAUCCAGUCGCUACAGCACCAUCACACAAGAGGACUUUCAGCAGGAGCUAGUUGUCAAACCUAUUAAAUUAAAGAGGAAAGGCAAGAGGAUAAGACACGAGAGUGGGACCUUCAUGAACGAGCACAGCAGCUGUUCAGAGAGCAUGUACAGCCAGGAUGGCCUGACCAGCGAUGGCCUCCCCACACCUGCCAGCGAGCCACCCUCAGACGGUACUAGCCUUCUGUGCAGCAGCCUGGACCUUCACAGCAAUGACUCUCCUGAUCACGAGGUCUCUGUGUGUAUAGAGCCACUCACUACUGAAACAUUUUUAACGCAGAACCUUUCAGAGAAAAUCCAGCUUGAGGACCAGGCGAACGGCGUGGGCCCCCAGAUCAAAGGAGCAGAUGCUGAGCCCUCGUCUCCUACAUCCCUCUCUCUACAAGACAUGGACUGUCAGGUUUACAGUGCCCCUGCAAAAGCUGUGGAAAACAGUGAGCAAAAAGCCAGCACACCAGACGUAGACAUGCUGCUGGAGUGCACUUUCUCCUACAUGCAUGCAGCUAAUGAGAAGCUUGACAUGGAGGAGCCAACUGAGUCGCAUAAUCCAGAUCUUCAGCCCAAAGAUAAUUCAGAAAGGAACAUUGAUUUGGAUUUAUCGUACUAUUCUAUUAGGCCACUUCCAUAUUCCCCAGAACCAGAGCCCGAGCCAUCACCCUCUAGUGACGAGGAGGACAUAUACGCACACGGAGUGCCACCUAGUGCCAGCUUGGGGGAUGGCCUUGGUAAUGUGGGCCUUCAAAGUUCUACCAUGAAGCAGACAGAUCAGGAAGAUGUGCGGCUCCAUAAAACAGAUCAGUUGGCUGAGAGCUGGAUGGGCUACACUGGGCCGGGCUGUGGCAUUCUCAGCCUAGCAGUGACUGAGCGGCACAUCUGGUGCCUGGAUUUUAAAGGAGUCCUGUACUGUAGCAGCCUCACCAAUGGCAGCCUGAGCUGGCAGAAAUAUGAAGAGAAUAUCCAGCAGGUGGCUUUGUCUCCUUCUGGCUCUUUGCUGUGGAAGGUGGAACAGAAGACAAUGACAGCUUAUGCCUGUGGUAAAGUGACCAUUAAGGGGAAAAGGCACUGGUACAAAGCCCUGGAUGAGACUUCCUUUGUGGCAUUGAGUGAUGACACAGCCUGGAUCAUUCGCACCAGCGGAGAUCUUUAUCUCCAGACCGGGCUGAGCAUGGACCGGCCAUGUGCACGCUCUGUGAAGGUGGAUUGCCCGUGUCCGAUGGCACAGAUAGCAGCACGGGGCAGUGUGGUGUGGGCACUGAGUGAGCAGAGGGUUCUCUUCUACAGAGAAGGACUCAGCAGCUACUGUGCAGAGGGUGACCAAUGGAAAUACGACAAAGUCAGUGAAACUCAACGCUUGGAGCCCAUUUGCAUUGCCCUGGGUGAAAACAACACGCUGUGGGCUCUGGACACCAGCGGUAGCCUUUGGUUUAGAACCGGGGUCACAGCUAAGACACCCCAGGGUGAAGACGAGCACUGGUGGCAGGUGAGCAUCACAGAUUAUGUAGUGUUCGAGCAGGGCGGCCUCUUCCAGACCCUAAUCCAGGCGACGCAGAGCGUCGCCACUGCCACCAAGGCCCCUGUGGAGCGGGUUGCCGAGCGCUUGCGUGUGGCCUUCCUCUGGCAGCAGUCUCAGUGUCACCUCAGUCUGGUCAGUGCCAACCACAGCGGCGUGUGGAUUGCCUCAGGUCGCAACGACUUCCAUGUGGCCAAGGGAAGCCUCAUUGGGACAUUUUGGAGAGCUAUUGCACCCAGAGGGCUAGCGUCUGCUACUAAGUGGGCAUUUGUGUUUUGUUCAGCAGUUCCUGCCAAAGAAGGAAGCUUUCUUUGGCUGGGUCAGAGCAGAAAGGACUUGUUCUGCAUUUGGGACCAGGACCUCCAGAUGCGCCCCCUCACUGUCCAGUUGCCCGCAGAUGUCGAGAUUGUGCAGCUGUCCGCCUGCCGAGAUGCUGUGUGGGGGCUGGACCAGCACGGCCGUGUCCACAUUCGUACACUCACUGCCAACUGCCCCACAGGCUUCCACUGGACACUUCUUGAUCUCAGCCAGCUUGGACAUGUGAGGCUUCUGAGCUUUUCCUGUGGCAGUCAGAAUGUCUGGGCAUGUGACAGCAAUGGAAUGGUGUAUUUCCGAGUGGGAACUCAACCUCUAAACCCCAGCAUGAUGCUCCCAGCCUGGAUCAGCAUCGAGCCACCUGAACUGCAGCCUGUGGGUGUGCACUUAGUACGUGUUCAGACAAGUCCUAAUGACCGCAUGCUCUGGGCUCUGGACAGCCGAUGUAAUGUAUACGUGCGUACUGGCAUUACCGAGGAGAUGCCGGUGGGGACAGCCUGGGAGCACAUUCCAGGACUCCAGGCUAGUCAGUUGGUGCUGAGCACAAGAACAGCGUGGGUGCGCUGUCCUAAUGGUGAGAUGGCACGACGAUAUGGGAUUUCAGAAAAGAACCCAGCUGGCGACUACUGGAAGAAGGUGCCAGGCUUGGUCAACUGGCUGACAGUGACUCCCAUGGAUGAUCUCUGGGCCGUUACUUCGACUGGUGCUCUGACACAGCGCCUCACCAAGACCCUGCCACACAGCAGCGGCAAAAAUCACACCAACACAGGUUCUCUCAGUGGGGAAGAGCUAGAAGAGGAGUGGGAGGUGAUUUAGAGAAGCUGUGUUUCUUGUUCUUGUAGAAAAAUAAUUUAAAAAUUACUAGUGGGCACUUUUUUCUUUUCUCUUUUUUUGUUUUUUAACCUGUGUACAGAAGAGGUUGUCUUUACGGAGUGUACAGAAGUUAGAAGGGAAGAAAAAUAUUUGCUUUAUUAACGGUUUUUAACCAUGCACUAAUUAAUUAUCUUUUUACCCAAAAUGUCAGGAUCUGUUUGUUACCUUGCACAUUUUUUAUUUUAAUUACUUUUUGUUUUUGAAAAUGGUCAGUGCCACAGAGCACAUCAUAAGGGGUUUCUGUCACAUACAUGUCAGAGUAUAAUUAUAGACUCAAGAUUAGAUCCACUUGGUGGUAAAAAAGAACAAAUAUAAUCAGCAUUCUAAUGCUAAGGAAAGUGAAAGGGACAGACACCUAAGUUUGAAAAUAAAAUAAAGUUGAUUAUGUCAUGGGAUUGAUAGAGCGUUAAUUGAAUACUAAACAUUAAUUAAAUAUUGUUAAUGGUUUCUUACUUGAGAUUACCAAAAAGGUGAUACAUGGCGGAAUUUGUAUAGUAAGAUAAAGUGUACAGGGUACGUUGUAAGUGUAAUUUUAGCUUAUAAAAUGUAAAAAUGUUUGCUGACCUACAUGUGUGAUGCAUAACAUCUUUUAAUAUUAACACUCUGCUGCAGUUUGCUUUGAAAGAUAAAACAGCUUUAUUCCAUUAAACAUACCCUGAAAUUAGUGAAGUGAUAAACUAUACAUCUCUAAUUAAUUUGGUUUGUGAUCAAAUACCGGCUAUCAGAAUGUCCAAAGUGCUGCUGUGUCAAGGUCUGAUUGAACUCAUUAAGUGCAAUUUUUUGUCCCUUUAUAUGUGUGACCACGUUCUUUGUGGUCAAGGAAAAGGAUUAAAAAGAUUUGACUAUAAACAGUACAAAGUAGAACUUUACCAUGUGCAGGGUUGUCCCAAGUCAUAAACAUGAAACUUGAAACAGAAACCCAACUGACACAAGAGUUAUUAAAAUUAAUAGGACCAAAAGUACUUUAGUAGUGGGUUUGGAAUUUAAUUCUAAACAAAUAAAAUCUAAACAACUGUACAAAAUGAGAACUUAAAAUUACAGACUUUGCACUUUAAACUCCAACACUCCAUAAUUGAGAUAACAUAUACUGCCCGCCCCCCCAAAAAAGGUUGUCAUUUUGAUUUAAAUAAGGCAAAUAAUUAAAAGCCUUUAAUUAGAUAAUUACUGGAGUGAUUAAAAUGGUUUAGCUGACAACAAUUCUUACAAAAAUUCUACUGUACAAGCCUCUGGAGGUAGUGUUAUGGUUUGGGGUUGCUUCAGUUGGUCAGGCUCAGCAAUUUUAUGUGGCAAUAAAAUGAAGUCAGCUGAUGAUCUGAAUGUACAGAAUGACCAGGGAAUCACAUCAGUGGAGUUUUUUUCUGUCCUGACGGCACAGCCCUCAGGCUGUGCAAGAGUAGUUGUGUAGAGUAGUAGUGGUAGUAGUAUAUUAGUAGUGUGCAAGAGUCUCUGACUCUUAUCAUCUAGGUGAAAUAUUUGCCUAGGGUUGCAUAUGGUGGUUGAAGCAAUCACAAGGCAAAUGCACACUGUUAUCAAAGCUGAAGGUGAUUCAACAAAAUGUGUGUGGAUUUUUUUUUUGGAGGGGGGGGGGCUGGCAGUAUAUAUCCUGUUGCUUGUUUUUUUUUUUUUUUUUUUUUUUUACAAAGGACUCGUACAGGAGAAAUGUAUGUUAAAUGAUCAGACUUUGGUAAUAGCUACAGAGGGCUGCUACCACUGUUGAGUCAGUACAGUAGGGUAUAACGCAUGCUUAAGUUAUUCAUAUACGUGCUGUUUGUCGGUUCAGAUCAACUGUGUGCAUGAAUGUGUAAAAGCUGGAAAGGGGGAUAAAGAACUGUAAAAAAAAAUUUUCUUGCUGUAACUUGGUUCACUUGGUUAUUAGUACACUGAUUAGUGUUGUGACAUGUUGCAUCACUCAUAAGCCAACUGGGUCAUAGAAACUGUCAUAAUCCAUUCUGAGUGAACUGUAAAGCUGUAUCGGCAUCAUUUGUGUAACUUCAUUUAGAGAAUGCACUUUAUUAAUUAAAAUAUAUUAAAUAUGUUGAA